AUGUUUCCCAGCUGCGGGCGCUGAGAUAUGGCUGCGGUGUCCAAGAGGCUGGGGGUGCUGCAGGCAAACCUCUGGGUCAUAGCCCUGAUCACAGGGGGGAUCUCAGCAGCCGGGAACAGCACCGGGAACAACACCAGGAACAGCACCGGGAGCAAUACAACGAUGACGUGCUCCUGGGUCCACCAGUACCCGCGCUUCGUGGCAGCCAAGAGGAACAUGCCCGUCCAGUUCAUCUGCUACUGCAGCGAGCCUCAGCACAUGCAGUGGUACAAGGUGCAGGACAAUGGGCGGCUCUACAGGCUGGAGGGCAACACCUCCCACUACAGCGUAGAGUGGAAGGACCGCUUCAUCAACUUCACCAUCUUCAAGAUCGCCUACAAGGACAACGGCCUCUACGUGUGCGACAGGAAAAACCUCACGGAGGCAAAGCAGGUGCACGUGUGUGGGACUGAGCUCCGAGUCAUGAGUCACAGCAACAUCCAGCAGAUCCAGAACAGGAACACCCUGAAAGAUGCUAUCAUCAUCAUCCAGACCAUCCUGCUCGUCGUCUUCAUCAGUGUCCCCUUGCUCUUCUUCCUAGAUAAAGGUGAAGGCAAGGAAAGCCCUGAGGAGGACCACACCUACGAGGGCCUGGAAGUGGAACAGAUGGCCACCUACGAGGACAUUACUCCUUUCCGGGAUGUGAAGGCCAAAUGGACAGUCGGGGAGCAUCCGGGCGAGGAGUGA